AUUCAUCACUCUAGCAUCGUCAUAUUCCUAUAUUAUCACAGCUAUGGUCGACCAUCACAGUACAAUGUCUGGACUCGAUCAGUAUGGCACCACAGAAUGCGACUGCGUCGGCUUCCGUACCCUCCGCCGCGGUCUGAAGCAGCCAAAUGAGACCGACCGAAACCGGGCUAUCGUACACACCCGCAACUUAUUGCUCCAUUCAUCAAUGUUCGACUUCUAGGAGAAAGUACGGUUGCCUGCUCCGCCGGCUAGUCGGGAAAUGGCACAAGCCAACAACCGAGUACUGUCCAAGAUCGCUGUCGACGCCUGGAUUCUGCUUUCUACAAUCCCGUUGCCAGAACAUGGCCUCUCCGAAUUGACUUACCGUCUUUUGCACGAUUUGACAGUGCACGACCUUAGGAUACGAGUAACAGCCAUGCCGCAACCGGAUUGGCUGCCCGGCAAUGGCAAGGUCGAUUACUUCGCUCAGGUCAUCUUGUACGACGGCACGCUUCUGAUCUCUGGUGAACCGGCCAAAGACAAGCUCUCAGCCCUGGACAUGCUUCUUUGGAGUAUUAAAGCAAGGAUUGCAAUGAAGUUUGUGUUAACGCCAAUGAUCACUACUAGCUUGGACUACUACACUCUCGAGCUCUCCUUUAGCUCAAAUCGACAGAGACCCAAGCUGGCAAUCCCAGCUCUACGCCGUUCGUUGAAUUGCGAUAUGAAGACCGAGUCCACUCAGCUUCUGAAGCGGUCCAAUUUUGAUUGCGAUUUCGAGUUCUACACAGUCCGAGUGAAUUCUCGAGACUGCCAACGAUGCUGUUUCUGUAACCAAUGCGACGAUUGAGUCUACUCUACUUCAGUCAUGGUAGCUCAGCUAGACCAAAUCUCGACAGUCACUACAGUUAGUAGAAAAUGAAACCACAAUCCGCUUCUUCUCCC